AUGAGUUUUGAUGCCGAUGCCCCUCCCGGCGAGCCGGCCUCCUGCCAGUGUGACUGGUUUUUCCGCUGCUCCUCCCUGGAGUCCAAGCUCGUCCAGGCCGGUGAGCUUGGUUUGCAGUUGGUGGGCGACAAUGAGACCCUGCGCCAGGAGAACCAGCAGCUCCUGGACCGGGUGAAGGCCCUGACCCUGUCGCAGGAGACCGGCGACAAGGAGGUCGCAUCUCUGCGUGGGUCACUGCGCCUGUCGCAGGAAUCGCUGACCGCCUACGCCGACCGGAUUAACCAGCUGGAGACCGAGCUGGCCGAGGUCCGGCAAGCCGGCACCGAGGCCGCCAAACAGCAGCGCACCGAAGCCGCGGCCCUGGCCACGCAGCUGGCCCAAGUGGAGCGGGAGCGCUCGGCCCUGGAAGCCGAGUGCGCCUCUCUUCGUAGCCGGGCCGGGCAGCUGGAGCAGCGUCACACCGAGCAGCAAACCCUGCAUCGGGACGCCGAAACCCAGAUCUCCCUGUUGGAGGGAGAUCUGGCGGCCGUGCGCGAGGACCGCGAUCGGCAGGUUGCCCGACGGGACUUGCAGAUCAUGGAAGCCGAGUCCCGCCUGGCGCGAACAUCACAAGCAGAUGCGGCUCUGAUUGCGGCGCUGCAGGAGGAGCUGGCGGCCGUGCGUGAGGCGGCCGACGUGGCCGAGGGCCUGUGCGCCGAGCUGGACGCCGAGCUUCAAACCGCUCGUGACAGCCUCAGCCAGAUGGCCGACUCGCAGGCAACCGCGCAGCUGGAACUCCUGGGCGAGCGCAAUGGCAUCGGCAUCGUUGGCGGCGUGCAGGACGGCUUCAGCAUCCUGGCCGAUGUCGAUGACCAGCGCCGGCAGGUGGCCGAGCAACUGUCGGAAUUGGCGCAGAAGCACCGGACGCUGGCGGCCGGGCGUGCGCGCGACGCCGUCAAGCGCUCGGCCCUUCGCAAGCAACUGGCCACCGCACGGCAGCAUGCGGCGGCGGCAGCGGCCGCCGCCGAGGAGGCCAACCACAACGCCGCCGCGGCCGGUGUGGCGGCUGCCUCCCUGUCAGCCGGCCCGACCAAUGAUCUGCUCGUCGAGGAGGCGGCCGCGCUGCGCCGCGAGCUUGACCGAUAUGUGCGCGAGUCGCGUGUUCUGCGCGCCGACAAUGACUCCCUUCGUGCGGAGAUGGCGGCCUUCCGGCGGUCGAGCGCCGCCGCUGGCGACAUCCGGGUAGGCGGGUCGCUGUCGCCGCUGCGCCCGGCGCGGGUGCUCGCCCCGCGCCCCGGGCCACUCCCGGCGGAAGGCUACCCCGCCACCGGGUCGCCAGCCGUCGGCGGCACCUCCAACGCCCUGGACCACGAGUCGGCGGCAUUUCGCCAGCUGGAGCGUGCCCUGCAGGCCGAGAAGAACCGCUCCACCUCGGCGCGCUUGGCCCUGGCCGCCGAGUCGCAGAAGGUACGGUCCCUGAUGAAGAAGCUUUCGCAGCUUGGCGGCGCUGGCCCGCUGCCGGGCACCCCGGUCGCGGCUGUCGCGACGCCCGGAACCCCGGGGCUCAUGGCGCCCGGCACCCCGGCCACCGCCGGCAGUCUGUACCGGACUCCAGGGCUCCCGGCCAAUCGGUCGGCCCUUGGGCAUCGCAUCCGGCCGGACGCCGGGGGCCCGACAGACUCGCCGUCCACCGCCCUGCGCGACUCGCCGUCCACCGCCCUGCGCGGUCUGAGUCUGGCCCCGGCAGACAGCCCACCGACCGGCGGGGAGGCAGAGUCGCCUCCCCUCCCGGCUGAUGCCGACAUGGCUGGAGCCUAG